AUGAGCCUGAACGUCCCAGGGCUGGUGGUGAUGGGGUUCUUUUACCUGCUGGUGCUGGGCACCGGCGUCUGGGCAUCCAUAAAGUCCAAACGGCUGCAAAAGAGCAGCCAGGCGAACCUAACAGAGAUCACUCUGCUGGGCAACAGAGGGAUCAGCCUGGUGGUGGGAGUCUUCACCAUGACAGCUACAUUUGUCGGAGGAGGCUUCAUUGUUGGUCUGGCAGAGACAGUUUACACUCCAACCGUGGGACUAACCUGGGCUGUCAUACCUGUAUCAGCAGCCCUAUCUUUCAUUGUUGGUGGACUUCUCUUCGCCAAGACAAUGAGAGAGAAAGAAUAUGUGACGAUGAUGGACCCGUUCCAGAUCAAGUAUGGAAAUGCCAUAACUGGAGUUCUGUCCAUUGUACUGCUGAUAUCGGACAUAAUCUGGGUUACCUCAACUCUAAUAGGUUUAGGUGCAUCAAUGAGUGUGGUCCUGGAUUUGCCCUAUAGCGCUUGCAUUUGGAUCUCUGCCGCAGUAGCCAUCAUCUACACACUGCUGGGAGGCCUCUACUCUGUAGCCUACACAGACAUCAUACAGCUAAUCCUCAUAUUCUUCAGUAUGUGGUUAUGUGUCCCCUUCAUCCUCAUGAACCCCCAUUCAGUUGACAUCACCAAGACUGCUUUAAACUUCACAUACCAGGCACCCUGGAUUGGUUCAGUGGAUAAAGAAAGAGCAUGGAGGUGGAUUGAUGAAUUCUUAUUAUUGGGUUUAGGCAGCCUUGGUUAUCAGGGCUUCCACCAGAGGACCCUUUCAGCUGCCUCGUCAGCCACAGCCAGAAUCAGCUGCUUCAUUGCAGCUCCCCUCAUGUUGAUAUUCGGAAUCCCGUCCUUGCUGAUUGGAGCAGUCGCAGCAUCAACAGACUGGAACUCGACCGCGUACGGCUCCCCGUCCCCAUAUGAGCGUGGAGAGGCCGGUCAGGUUCUGCCCAUUGCUCUGCAGAACCUCACCCCAAACUAUGUCGCCAUCAUCGGUAUUGGAGCUAUAGCUGCUGCCGUGAUGUCAUCAACGGACUCGGCUCUAUUAUCAGCAGCCUCGAUCUUCUCAACUAACAUCUAUAAGAACAUCCUGAGGACCAAGGCAUCAGAUAGGGAGCUUCAGUGGGUGAUCCGUACCUGCGUGGUGUUGGUGGGCUUGGCUGGCACCUCGCUCACCUUCCUACACAACAGCAUUAUGGUUUUCUGGAUCCUGGGCUCAAGCAUAACCUACACCAUCAUGUUCCCUCAACUCAUCUGCGUCCUCUACUUUCACAUCUCCAAUGGCUACGGCUCCAUUAUAGGCUUGCUAGUUGGAGUGUUGUUGAGAACGCUGAGCGGCGAACCAUCAAUAGGUUUGCCUAUUGUUCUUCACUUCCCAGGUUGCACUCUUGAAAACGGCAUAUAUGUCCAGCACUCUCCUGUUCAGACUAUCUGCAUGUUGUCCAACAUGUUUGCCACUUUGUUGUUCUCCUACCUAGCCUCAGUGCUCUUCAAUAAAGGACUGAUUCCUGAGCGGUGGGACAUUUAUAAAGUGAAAACCCACAAACCGCCAAAGAAACUAAUGCUAAUGAGCAAAGGCACUACCAAUACAGACGAGAAAGAGAAACCUGAAGUACAGAAUGAGACUGAAUUGAUGUUGACCACAAAUCUGCAGGAUUGA